UGAACAUCACUCUUCCGCGAACAAAGUCGGUUGGUCAAGGAAGGAUUAAAUUUUGUGGAUUGUGAUGAUACGUGUUUGUUAAUGUUGUUGAUUGAUGUAAAUAAAAAAUGAGAUAAACCUAUCCUUUUAAACAGUUGAUCAGUGUUCACAUAAGCAUAUAAAAACUUUGUGUCGUGCUGUAUAGGGAGUUUCAAUGGCUUCUACGCCGAAGCAGGUGAACGUUUCCAACGGCCCCUUGGGAAAGCGGAAGAAAUCAAAGGGCAACAAGGGCUCAUAUUUAACAAAAUGGCUGGACAAGACGUUGCAUCACAUACAGGAUUCUACUCCAAGUAUGGAAACUUACGAUUCGUUCAUUCAUCCCAAUUUCAACUGGCAGAUAAACAGUUCUCAGUUUGCUCCGGGAUAUGACCCGUAUCGAUACGUCUAUGGGUGCUCGGAGCCGAUGUCUCUACCUACACUCCCUACCUAUUGUAAUCCACCAAUAGCUCCCACUUACGGCCCGUAUAUUCAAAGUGUAAGCAAAAGUGUUCAAGUGCAAAGACCGCGGCUUCGGCGACGGACUGAAAACAAAGCUGAGGAAGUGGCCAGCACGCCAAAUAGCAUGUUGAGUAAUACCAAUUAUUUGCAACCAAAGAAUUUCACUGAUAGUCAAGAUUUCACCAGCCUGCCACCAAUAGUAACAUCAGUAGCUGAUACAAACUCAAACAGUGACAUGAAUACUAAUGAAAAGGAUGACGGCUGCAAUACUAGAAGAUUCAGUGACCCCUGUGUCCAAGGACUGCCCGAUGUAGCGAGGCCAGCGAAUGGUGAAGUGGAAUCGGAAUCUGAAUCUGAGUCAAGUAUCUCAGAUAGUCAGAUUGGCAGCAGAUUGCUGACACAUCUCCUUGACCAGAUUAAAUCAUUAAAAUUGGCAAACGAAAGACUGAAUAAAGACUUAUUAGACACUAGAGCGGAACUGGACAAUAUUCGACACCAGAAUGUGAUACUCCAGAAAGGUUCUUCUGCGAACAUCGGCGCCGCUAGCCACACGCCCUUGACUGAUAAUGGUCACCUAGGCGGGCAGUAUUCCCCGGGAUUCCUGACGGACCUGGUGCGCGAGAUUCGGGAAGCGGCGCGCUUGAGGGAAGAGGCGAUGUACGCCAGAGUUCGAACCAUGCUCGGUGAGAGAACUGAGAGCACAUUGGCAGCUUCAGAAGCGAGGACCAGUGAAAAGGCACUUGAAGAAAUCAAAAUGGGAUUGCGGGCGUCGGAGGCGGACCGGCGGCGCAUGAUGGAUCGCAUCAGCAAACUGGAGGACGAACUGAGACUCCUGCGGGUGGCCAACGGUUUAGAGAACAACGACAGUAAGACAACGAACGGUGGCAGCGCAGAAGACUCGGACACGGAACUGGUGCGCUUGCGCAGGGAGCUGGCGGAGUCGCGACGCGCCAAACUUACCGCGGAGGAACACGCUCACAAGUUAGAGCGACUAGUCACGCAGCUACGUUCCAAAUUUAACGGUUUGCAAAUCACGAACGGACCCGAUUCUUUACCGAGCGAGCCCGAACAAGAGUCCCGUCCCCGCAGAACCAGCGCCAACUCGAACAACUCCACCGUUGUCUUUGGUCCCGUCACAGACUUGUAGCGAACGGACUACCGCUACUUCGCCUUGUCUCUGGCCGCCGAUGUGCUCUGGACUGCGGUGUGCAAAGUGAUUUGAGAAUUGCGAUUCGAAUUUCGAACGAAUGAAUACUCCGUACGAAUACGAAAAAUAAACUGCUAAAUUGUUCGGGCAACAUUUUCUUGUGUUUUCCGAAAAGGGGUUGCCAAGCGAAAAAUAAAGAUAUUUUACGUAAAUUCAAUACUCAUUUUGUACCAUUGUGAUUUUCUGCAACAAAAUUGAUUUAAUAAUAAAAUUUAUAUUUGAGGAAGCAAUUAAUAUUAUCCUACCUAUUACAACACGAGCUGACGUUUUCAAUUGUCAAUAAAAAAAUAACACUUUGUACUAUAAAACGACUGAAAUAUAAGAAAUUGUAAUUUCGUAAAUUGUUAAAUAUUUAUUUAAAAUUGUGGUAGAAUCGUCAUUAUUAAUAAGUUUCUGGUAAUCCAAUUAAUUAUUAAUGUAA